AUGUCUGUCAAGCACGAAGUUACCUGGACCCAAGGAGGCGACAAGCUAACCCAUGCAAUUUCCUCGGCGCUGUCGCUGGCCCGAUCGAUCGAUCGGUCGCUGCAGGUUAUCGUCACCGGCUCUUUCGACUCGUGGUCUCAGUCUGUGACCCUUGAGAAGCAUACUGACUACCAUCGGGCACUCACCCCGCUUUGUCUCGCCCCCCCCGCCCCCGAGCAGAAGGAGGACGGUACCCAUGCCGGUUUCAUCGAGGGCAAGCCCACCGAGACCAUCACCUUCAAGUUCCUGGUCGAUGGCGAGUGGAAGCUCUCGUCUGCCUACGAGACCGUUGUGCAGGAUGAGGUCAGCAACAACACCUUCACCUUCCCCGAGGCUGUUGCCGUCGUUGAGGCUGUUGCUGUCACCGAGACCGUUGUUGAGGCCACCACCACCACUACCACCGAGACCGUCGUUGUCGAGACCACCGAGGUUGUCGCUGAGAAGGUUGAGGCUGUUGCUGAGACCACUGCUGCUGCCGAAGUUGUUGCCGAGACCACCACCACCACCACUGAGGUUGUUGCCACCGAGACCACCACCACCACCACUGAGGUUGCUGUCGAAGCUGCCGCCGUUGAGACCACUGCCACUGAGACCGUCGCCGAGGCCGCUGUCGAGACCACCGCCGCUGAGACCGUCGUCGAGACUGCUGCUGAGACCACUGCCACUGAGGUCGUCGUCGAGACUGCUGCUGAGACCACCACCGCCGAGGCCGUCUCUGCUGAGGCUGUUGCUACUGAGACCGUUGCUACUGAGACCGUUGCUGCUGAGACCACUACCGCCGAGGCUGUCGCUGUUGAGACCGUUGCUGUUGAGACUGCUGCUCCCAAGUCCGCCAUCCCCAGCACUGUCACUGCCGAAAAGAAGAAGCAGAACCGCGUCUCCAGCUUCUUUGGCAACCUCAAGCGCUCUUUCACCGCCCGCAAGGAAUCCUCUUCCCCUUCCACCGAGGCUGCUGCUGCCACCGAGGUCGCCAAAACCACCACCGAGGUCGUCGCCGAAACCACUACCACCGAGGUCGCUGCUGAAGCCACCACCACCGAGGUUGCUGCCGAAACCACCGCCGAGACUGCCGAAGUUGUUGUCGCCAGCGCCACCAGCAACGAUACUGAGGCACUCAAGGUGCAGGCCGAAGCCCUCUACGAGGAGGCUGUCGGAAGCGUCCCGGCUGAGACUGCCGUCGCCGAGACCCAGGCUACCGAGACCGUUGUUGAGGCCGCUGUCGCUGAGGCCGCUGUCGUUGAGACUGCUGUCGUUGAGACCACCGUUGUCGAGACCACCGUCGUCGAGACCACUGAGGUUGCUGCUGCCACCACCGAGGUCGUCGCUGAGGAGACCAAGGCCACCGAGGCUGUUGCCGAGGAGACCAAGGCUACCGAGGUUGUCGCUGAGGAGGCCGAGACCGUCACCGAGACUGUUGUCACCGAGACCGUUACCGAGACUGUUGUUACCGAGGCUGUCACCGAGACCGUCGUCGAGGCCGAGAAGACCGAGAAGACCGAGGAAACCAAGGAUGUUGCUGCCGAGCCCAAGAACGGUCUCAAGGAGAAGAUCUCGUCCUUCUGGCACAAGCUGACCAAGAAGGCCAACUGA